ACCACAGCACGUCUGCCUAUCUCUUGGCGACACUCAUGACCUUGACAUGGUCCUUGUGGAACACCGCGUAUUCAUUCCUGUCUUGCACAAACACCGAGUCGUAUCCCUCCCUCCUCAGACUCUCGAAGGUGUGCUGCGUCGCCUGCUGCGAGGAGAUCACCUUCUGCCUCCCCAGGAAGACUCGCGCCGUCACCACAUAGCCUUUACGGUGUGCGAGGCGGUCAGUCGUCGGGAUGUCGGGCGCAAAGUAGAUGGCUCCGCCGAGCCGGCCGCCGGUGCCCGGGAACAUCUCUCUCGACGCCUGAAUCGCCGCUCCUGAGGGCCCGUCGGUCUGGUGGUACAGGGUGCCCAUGCCUUGACCUGUCCGCCAAUUCGGGCAAUCUGACGCAGGCAACACCACAAGGCAUGCAGCGGUGUGUGUGUGUGUCGCUCUAGCUGGGGUUCCUCUCACCAAUGCGGCGGUGGUCCGAGUUUCGACUCUUGCAGAUGUUGCAGAAAUGCUGUCUUGUCUGUUUGCACCAGCCGGUGUUCUGGCACCCACGGGCGUUGCAGUAGAGACCCAUCGCAAGGCGUCGCACAGCAGCUGCAGAAUCAAGACGCGAGCGACGGCAAUGACAUGUCGCGUAGGAAAGAGAAUGAAGAUAUGUAGGACAAACAAUAGG